AUGAAGGCGAUGCGCGCGCACGCCACCGUGGGAGUGUUGCUGAUGGUCACGUGCACGCUGGUCGGCGCCGGGCCGACGCCGAGAACGAGCGUGAGCCGAGGUUCGAGGCGCGCGUCGGAGCUGGCGAAGCGCGUGGAGGAGUUGAUCCGCGACGCGCACACCACCAGGAGGACGGUUACCACGGCGGAAGCCUCCUGGAGCCGGCGGACGAGCGCUUGGCCGGUGACCGUGAUGACGACCCCACACGGGGAACAGAGGGAUUUACGGCGAUCCAAAGCAGACAGAAGGCAUCGGAGGAUCGGCGGAACCCCGCGAGAUCCUCGAUGGAAGGACAAAUACCUGAAACAUAUCACAGGUCCGCUCUUUUUUAGCCCCAAGUGCAGGAGGCACGUGUACCACGUGUACCACCACACCCGAGAUUGCACGAUACCUGAAUAUUUCAAAAGAUGUGCGCGGCUUCUCACGCGCCUUGCUGGCAGUCCCAUGUGCAACGGGGCCUAA